AUGUCUUUCUUAGUAAGACAAUGCGUCCGGAGGGUUUUGAGGCCGGCGAUUUCUAUCACAAAUUCUUUCUCAACAACCAGUGCCGCAUUCACUCCCAAAGUUCAGAAACCAGCACCAGACUUUUGUGCUACAGCUGUUGUGAAUGGAGAAUUUAAUCAGAUGAAAUUGGCUGACUUUUCUGGAAAAUAUGUUGUACUUGUAUUUUAUCCUUUAGAUUUCACUUUUGUAUGUCCCACUGAAUUAAUAGCGUACAGUGAACGGGCCAAAGACUUUGCAGGAAUAGACUGUCAAGUGAUUGGUGUCUCAACAGAUUCUGAAUUCAGUCACCUUGCUUGGGUUAAUACUCCUAGAAAGGAUGGUGGAUUAGGUAAAAUAGACAUCCCUCUUCUGGCUGACUACAAGAAACAAAUCUCUACAGACUAUGAUGUUCUUCUCGAUAGUGGAUUUGCGCUCAGAGGUCUCUUCAUCAUUGACAGAGAUGGUAUUUUAAGGCAUAUGUCUGUAAAUGACCUGCCAGUUGGUAGAUCAGUGGAAGAAACUCUGAGAUUGGUUAAAGCUUUCCAAUUUGCUGACAAACAUGGUGAAGUUUGUCCUGCCAACUGGAACCCGGACAGCAAUGCUGAUACAAUUAAACCGAACCCCAAAGAAAGCAAGGAAUACUUUCAGAAGGCAAAUUAG